AUGUCAAAGGAACAAAUAAAAUACCUUAAAAGUCUUAAAGCUAUACGUGAACGUUCAAAAAAAGUUUAUCAGAAGGCCGAGUCAAAUUCAUUAAACCAUUUCCAAGUAGAUCUUUCCAAACUUCAAAAUUCUGUUGACGUCAUAAACAAAUUAAUGAAACGAGAUUAUGAAAGUAUUAAGGAUAUUCCGCCGCAUGGUCGUUGGCGUCAUUUUGAUGUGGGAGGAAAGCCACGCGUACAACACCUGAUUGAAAAAAAGUGGAAAAAGGAACAAGGUUGUGAAACGCGUGAAAUUACUCGUCGACUUUUAGAUUUGUUUGUGGUUUCUGUUUUGUUAGAUGCAGGUGCGGGAAGCGCCUGGUCUUACAAAGAACCGGGUACCGGAGAGAUUUAUAAUAGAUCCGAAGGUUUGGCCAUAGCUUCUUUGGAUAUGUUUAUUUCGGGUAUCUUUUCUAGUUCAACUUCACAACCAUAUCAAGUUGAUGCCGACAAAUUAAUUAAUAUUAGUGUAAAUGAUGUACGUUUGGCCUUUCAAGUUAACGAGAAUAAUCCUUUAGAAGGUUUAGAAGGUCGAGCUAAUUUGCUUAGUCGUUUAGGUUACGCGUUGAAAAACCAUUUGGAAUUCUUUAAGAGAAACCUUUUAGAUUAUAUUUUAUCACAAUCUACCAUUGACCAAGAUAAAAAAAAUAUUGUAAAUAUUAAUACUUUAUGGUCAGUAAUUAUUGAUGGAUUAUCCGAAGUUUGGCCACCUACCAGAACAACUUUAAAUGGUGUAUCCCUGGGUGAUGUUUGGUCAUGUGAAUUAUUAGUUGAAACUAAAACUAAUACAACAGUAGUAGAUGAAGCAAUAGAUCCAACGAGCCACUUUAUUCCAUUUCAUAAACUUUCACAAUGGUUGGCUUAUUCACUUAUUGAACCAUUAUCAAAAGUUUCUGAAAUAAAUUUUGAAGGAAUAGAAAAUUUAACUGGAUUACCAGAAUAUAGAAAUGGUGGUCUUUUUGUUGAUACUGGAGUUUUAACUUUGAAAGAAAAUGAUUAUGAUCGUGUAAUUAUUGAAUGGAGAUCUAUGACUUUAAUACUUUUGGAUAUUGUGGCAGAAAGGAUUCGAGAUAGUUUAGGACUUUCUCCUGAACAAUUAUCUUUAGCUCAAGUUUUAGAGGCCGGCACUUGGAAGGCUGGUCGAGAGAUUGCAGCUACCAAACGUCCAAUUAGCAAAGGACCACCUAUUGCCAUCAAGUCUGAUGGGACAGUUUUUUAA